CCCCCAAGCGGCGGUCUCAUUGAGGUCCCGGCGGCUGAAGAUCUUGACUCGACGGGCGCCGCCGUCGACCAGCAAUGGAGUUCCUGCUGCAACCAAUACGCGGAUCCACUUUCUUGGAAGAGGUUGGAGAAAGCUUGGUACCGCCGGCGCCGCCAGAGCUGGCCUCUGUGGCGGCGGAGCAGCAUGUUGUAGAUAUGGUGGUCGAGCUUCCAGUUGUGCGGCAGGAUACCUUGCCACCCGUGCAGUAGGCCGCCAGCGGCCAUGCGCAGAUUGUGGCAGGACCGGCGUCCGCCGAGGUUAGGUUGGAGAGCUCACCUCCGUCGUCAGAGUUGUCCACUGCGAAGAUGAAUCCGCGAGCCCCUGGGUGGAAUAAGAGGUUGAGGAUUGGAGCUGCAGCACCGAGCAGGCCACCGUGUCCAAACCGCAUCAGUGCGUUCGAGAAGGCAGUACGGAGGUUUGCUGAGAAUCCAACGGAGAAUGUUAUCACGCCAGUUAUCGGCACAACGUUCGACUCGGUGGAUCAGGCAUACGACUUCUACAAUUUGUACUCCUGGGAGAAGGGAUUUGGCAUUCGUUAUGGCAAAAGCAGGUUAAAUGUGGAGAGGACCAAAUGCAUGCAGGAAAUAGUUUGUGGUUGCUCGGGAAAAGCUGGGGUUGAGAACACGAGAUCUUGUCACUGUGAGUGUCCUGCUCUAAUUAGGCUGCUACGAGCAGAGGACAACGGAUGGUAUAUAGCGAAGCAUAGGGAUACGCACAACCACUCGUUGUCGCCUAAUUUUGGUGAGACAAUCCACUGGCCAUCUCACAAGCAUAUAGAUGUGUACAUCAGAGAUCUUGUGAAGUAGUUGAGGCAGAACAAUGUGAACUUGGCGAAGGUGUACAACAUCAUUGGAGGGUUUUUUGGAUUGAUGGAGAAUGUUCCGUUCACAAAGAGGUCUUUGCGUAAUUUGUGCGGGAAGAUAAACAGGGACCAUGCGGAAGAUGACGUGAAGAAGACAAUUGAUGUGUUUGCUGAGAUAGGAGCUAAAGAUCCACACUUCACGUACAGGGUUCAAUUUGACAACGAGGGGAGGGUCAAGAAUCUGAUGUGGGCAAGCGGGAGCAGUAGACUGCAAUACUCUUUUUUUUGGGGAUGUGAUCACGUUUGACACAACCUACCGGACUAACCUGUAUGACAUGCCUUUCGGAUUGUUUGUUGGCGUGAACAACCAUUUUCAGAGUGUGACCCUGGCAGGUGUGCUUGUGCGUGAUGAAACUGAAGAUAGUUUUGUAUGGGUUUUCUCAGAAUUCCUCCGAAUGAUGGGAGGUUCUCCACCUGUGACCAUACUAACAGAUCAGAACCGGGCUAUGGAGCUAGCGAUCAAGAACGUUAUGCCAAACACGACCCACCGAUGGUGCAAGUGGCAUAUCCUGAAAAAGGCAAAAGAGACACUCGGUAGUUUGUACACAAAGAAAAGUGAAUUCAGGGCUGAAUUUUAUAAGGUGAUAAAUCACAUGCUGACGGAAGAUGAGUUUGAAAAAGGUUGGGAGAUGUUGCUGGACAAGUACAAGCUGAGAUCUCAUCCGUACAUGACAAACCUGUUUGAGAUUCGUAAGAAAUGGGUGAAACCUUAAUUUAAGGGCGUUUUCUGUGCGAAGAUGACUAGCACCCAGAGGAGUGAGAGUGCAAACCGUAUGCUAAACGGACCAGAUUUUGCACGAUUUUGUCGUAGGCAGGGUCACAAGCGAACAACUUGUCCAGAACGCGGAGAUAUCCCAAAGCAGCCUCGGAAGCCAGCUAGAUGCAAGAACUGUGGUGUCGAAGGUCAUUGACGAAACAAUUUUCAUAAAGCAAUGGCAGUAGAACUAGCAGGAGGCAUGUAAAAAGAAUGAUCAAAAAAGAAUGCCAGGUUAUGGAGUAGGUUAUGAAAUUUGAAAAAUGCUAAGUCUGAUGGAAUGUUGUCUGUCCUGUGCUGUAAGUGGUUUGUAAGCGAUGUCAGCAGAUUCAUCUGCCCUUGUUAUGAACAAGGGAUCAGCGGGAGCACCCCGCCGGCCUGGGAGGAGGAGUAGGAGCUUGCCAUCUUCUUGGUUUUGAUGGUUGCAAGCGAGAUUGGAGAAGAUAAGGCAACGGGUGGGAGAGUGUGGAUUCUUCUAGUGGAAGGAGGCAGAUGUAUAAGUGGGGCCGGAUGGACUCCGGUCGUUUACCACCUACCGUCUGAGCCGUGGCCCAAGAAAGGGCGUCCCCAUCUGAGCCGCUACCUGGCGGGUGACGGGCGUUGCCUUCGACAAGAGAACAUGGUGGGCCCUUUCGUGGAAAAAGGCAUGGGAUACCUGCCCAAAUACGUUCUGAUAUACCUGCAGCGGUGGGGAUCGCGAGAAACCUUGACGGCUAUGAUAUCGAGUCCAUCUGAGCUCGGGCUCAGAAUAGGACUUUCGGUUUUUGCUGGGUUUUACUCCCUCCGUCCCAUAAUAUAAGAAUGUUUUUCAAGCUAUGUUAACUUGAAAAACGUUUCUAUAUUAUGGACGAAGGGAGUACUUGAUAGAAAACAAAUAGAGCACUCACAAUAUCUUGCAAACGAGGGGCCCUUUUUUUAGGGUUGCAAACGAGGGGCUUAUGUUGGGCAAGCAGGUGUUGUUGUUUACAGUUUAGUGGGUUGGGCCAAACCUGCUUAUGUUCUCCACUGUGUAUUUGGGCUAGAUUAGGGCUUAUAUGCUCCUAACCUAGGUCUUAGGCCCACCCAUGUGCAUGUCAGUACAUAAAC